UCGCUUAUAAACUUCCGGACUUUGUAGUAAGGGGAAGGUAACGGGGCAUGACGUGUGGAAUUUGUGUAAGUGUCUGUACUGUCGGUAAAGCAUGACUAGCGGGGAUGUUUAUCUCGGCCAAAUGAUACUUCCCUUCUUGUACACUGUCGGAAGAGAAUGGAAGGAAGAGGAGUGAGUCGCUCCAUGUCAAAGCGGUAUGACUUGCUUCAGAGGUUGUUGUUGGUCGGAGAGACGGGUGUUGGCAAAACCUGUCUCCUGUGUCGGUACGCCAACAAUGAAUUCAUGGAUACACAUAUCACUACUAUUGGUGUGGACUUUAAACUGAGGCGAGUGGAGGUGGAUAACAAGGUGGUCAAGGCACAGAUCUGGGACACGGCUGGACAGGAACGAUUUGAGUCGAUCACAAAACAGUUUUACAGACGAGCACAGGGAAUCCUUCUAGUAUAUGAUAUAACAAAUCGACGGUCUUAUGAUGCGGUACCAAAAUGGCUAUCAUAUAUCCAUCAGUUUGCAAAUGAAGAUGUACAGAUAAUGCUGCUGGGUAACAAGAGUGACCAACAUUUGAGACGGAUGGUUACAACGAGAGAGGCGACUAAGUUUGCAGAGGAAAACAAUCUCAUGUUUUUUGAAACCAGUGCCAAGUCUUCAGGGAAUCUAGAACAGGCGCUGUACAUCAUGUGUAAAUCUGUGUUAGAGGUAGAGCUUAACAAGACGUUGAGGCUAUCCGACAUCAAUAUCAGUGACACGGUACACGAGAGAGGUCUAGCGACGCCUACUGAUGGCAACGCCAACAAGUACAAACCCUCCGUGAACCGAGAAGUGGCCUACCAACACACAAAUGGACAUAACAGUAGUGGCUAUGAAGGUCAACUUGGUGAUACAGACAGGGUCAACCUCCUUCAGGACGAGAAACAGCAGACCUCAAACACUUGUUGUAGUGUGAUGUGAUAUACAGAUUGAGGUACCAGGUCUAUUUGACUGAAAACAGGGGCAGAAUUAUACAAAGUUCAGAAUGAUGUACCAUGUUGAUUGUAUUCUAUUAAUUUAUUUUACAACAAAUAUGAAACAAAUGGUCCAAAUGGUAGUGAGCAGGUGGUUUUAAUGUAGAAAGAAACCAGAGUUUCCAAAGUAAACUCAUGUGGUUGGACAUGUGACACUUUAACUUUUCAUAUCAAAACAGGGAAUCAAACCACAGUCGUCUUGUUGUAAGCAAAGUGCACUAUCCACUGCAUACGACCUAGAACUGUACAUUAGAUUGAUUUUAAUGUUAACAGGGUUAAAACAAAAAAUCAGAAAGACAUACUAUGUUGAUUCUAACCUGGGUAGUUCCAGUGGUCUGGGGCUAGCAGAUUUGGUUUGUGUCAAUUUAAUUCUUCUAUAAUUACCGGCUAUCUAAAAAGUGUGAAUGUCGCAGAUGAGAAAAUAUAAUUUUAUUAUAUAUUGAUGUAUAAGAAUGAGAGGUUGAUACUUUUAAUCAGGGACUGUGGUGGCCAUGUGCUUAAGGCAUCUUACAUUUUGAUACCAACAGCCCUCCACCACUGGAUCUCGGGUUCAAGGCCUACGUGAGGCAGUCACUAGGUACUGGAUGCAGGUCAGUUGUUUUUCACCAGGCUCUCAGCUUUCCCUCACCAACAAACCUGGCUCGACCUUAAACAAAAUCGAAGAUUCAAAUAUAAACUGUACAUUAUAACUUAUUGUGUCAGUAAGUUUUUGUAAUCUACAAAAAUACUCCAGAGGAGAUAUUGCAGAGUAUUGGAAGAAAAAGAAACUCAUCACAAUUCCAGUCAAAAGAAUCAACAUCAUAUGUUAGAGAAGAGGAAAACUCCAAAACAUUAUGAGACCACUAGUCUAGCUGGAUAGUUCACUUGUCUCAGACUAGCGGGCUACCCUUAUCGUCUAGACCUGAAACAUCAGAAUUGUGACUGUGAAAUGUUGGACUGAUGCAUUCACUUCCCCUACAGCUGUAUUUGGUGUUCAAACAUCAGAUUUGUUACUUGUAAAUCUUGAGCUGAGCCAACAUGGUGUCCACUUGAAUGUCACAAGGUGAUAUCACAAUUUAAGUUUAACAGAGGUGAUCAUUUUUUAUUGAACACCGAUGAACUACCUUUUUGUGUGGGAGGAUUUAGAUUGAUAUUUUGUUGGUGAAAAUGAUUGCAGAAAAUGUCAUGCUUUGAAUGAGUGAAAUAUAGUUUGUGCGAGGACAUUCACAGGGACUUUGAAGUAAUUUUGGUUUAUCAGUGAAAAUAAUGUUUUUUGUAAUGUUUUUGUCAAAUGUAAGUUAUUAUUUAUGAAUUUUGAUUUUGAUUAUUUAUGUUUGUAAAAGUGCCAAAGUUUUAUUUAUCAUGCAUGUAAACAAUACAGAGAGUGGUUUAUUGAGUAUUAUUUCAUAAAUUUCAGGAAAUAUUCAAAAUAUGUAAAUUGCAGGGGAGCAAAAAUGAACCAUUCUAAUAAAAACCAUUUUUUGUUUUAUGUAUAGCUUUUUGCAUAUCCUGACAAUCAAAACAAUGUAAAAGGAUCUCUAAGGGUGUCUAAUACUUCUAAUAAUUAAGGAGGAAUUAUUUUUUAUUAUCAACCCACUUUUGAAAAUGAUUUCAGGUGGAGAUCUAAAUAUAUUAUAACGGCAGCAUUUCACACAGGAAUUCUAGAAGCAACUUAAAUAGCAUUGCUGAGUAUAUUCAAAGUGUACAGAAUAUCUAUUGAAGUCAGGAUUAUAUACAGGGUUUAGUCAAGUCCAAUAAUUAAGGUAGUACAAUUAUGAUGCAAGGGAGACAAGUCUGUAAAUUAGGUGAAUUUCAAGUUCAGUUUAAGUUAAUUUGCAUAACUUCUAAAAGUUUCAGCAUAUCCAAACAUAUUUCUUUAUUCUUUUUAUACAUAUCUAUUCACUCAAAAAUGUAGUCACAUUAUAUGUAUUACAUGUAUGCAAUGACUUCAUUCACAAAAAAUCUAGUGGGAUGGUGUAUUUAUUUAAUAUUAGCAAAUUUAUAUCCCAUUCCACUUCUAUCACUGUUGGCACUUAAUGCUAACUUUCCAGUUUGCUGUAUUUAAGUGAUGAGAAUUUCAGUUGGAAUACCAGGUAUUUUAAAAGCUCUACAUUAUUUCUGUUAAAAAUUGAGUUCAUUGUCGAUAUAUUUAGUUUACAUUUUUUAGUCCAAGUAUUUUUUGCAUGAGCAAGAAUAUGAUAUAAUAGUGUAUUUUGUAUUUAAAUUGAUUUUAAAAGUUCCCAAUAGAACAAACGGUGAAGCAUAACUUAGGAAGGAAUUAAGUUAUAUUAUAUUAUUAAUUUUUUUUUAAUAGAAAUUAUUAAAAAUAUUUUAUUGAAACACCAGCAAUUUCAAAUUUUGUUAAAAUACCUUUAUUUCUAUAUCAGCAUAUAUUUUUUUGAAUGUCUGAUUUCAAAUUUUACCUUGAUGUGUAAUUAGGCUUAUGAGGUUGGUUACGUGUGUUAACAAGUUUUGUUUUUUGAGGAAUAAAUUAAAGUUAAAUGUUAAAAGUUGUAGAUAUUAUCAUUCCUGGAUAUUUUCCAUAUAAGUUUGUGUACAAAACAACAUUAUUAAAUUUAUGAUAUGUACAGUGCCCAAAUAUUUCUUAUUAAAAUAAUAUUUUUAAAGCCACAUUUUCCAAUUAUUGGGACCAAAGGCAAUGUCUACUUGUGAUUUUAAAAGGAACAAAGAAUUGUUUUAAAUAUUCAAACUACAGCAUUUUGUAUAUCUCAAAGCAACAGUCUAAUUUAUGAUGGUAUGUAUAUUGUUAUACUUUGAUUAAUUUUUCCUUGUAAUUGAUGACCAAUGAUUUACAUGUGUUACUAGUCCAAUUUGAUAUUGUUCUUGAUAUUGUUUACUUCAUGAACAUAUUUUACUUAAAUUUUAGGGGAAACUGAUAACAAAUAUAUAUUAGUGGUUAUCUUAUUUU